AUGGACGCAACUCAAUUAAAGACUAAAGUGAUCUAUGAGUUCACUAAGAAGAAUAAAUCGUUAUUAGACGAAUGGUCUGAAAAAACAGCUUAGGCAUACUUGGAGUAAUGCAGAAAAUUUACAGAGGAAAUGUAUUAAGGGAAUUUGACCAUGGUCGAUGAUGGAUACAAUUAGACUCAGGAAGAACUAUUGAUCUUGGAAAACUUGUUUAAAAAUUACACAAAAACAAAAGGAGACAUUCAACAUAAGCUUCGUAUUGGAUAUUCAAUUGCAAGAAAACUUUACAUGGAGAAUCUUCAAUAGAGGGUGUUCAAGAUAUUCAGAGAAUAAGUCAAAUUUUAAAAAUACAUCAGAAGUAUGAAGGUUUAUGCAACUAAACAUUAUAAAUAGCGACUUCCAAGAUAAGUGUUCUCAAAGUGGAGGAAAUUAGCUCACAAUUAAACGAGACAAGUCAUUUUACAAUAGGUGAAUAGGAAAACUGAUAAUGAAAUAAUGCAGAUGCAAAAGGAAUACGAGUAGUUGAUUGGGUAGUUGGAGACUGUGUUGGAAAAGAAAUUAAUUGAAUUGAAGGUGGAGGAAGAGUAGCACAAAGAAUUGGUUUUAAGAUAUGAUGGAAUAGUUGAAAAAAGGACUGCAGUAAAGCAUUGA